GGGGAGCGUGUGCAGCGGGCCGGCCGCCCUGGGGUCUUUGCCUCCAGAUUGAACUUUUUGGACGUUAAUUAAAACGCCGGGCGUGCAGGUGCGGGGGGUGCAGGUGUCACCCCUCCACGGCUGCGGGGAGGACGCGCGGGGCCCGCCCCGUGGCCUCUCCACCCGGUGGCCGCACCCGUUCCGCGCCGGUGGAUGGGUGGCCCAGUUUCAGGGUUGGGAAUCGUGUCAUUUGUAGGGAUCGCCGAAGUGUGGGGGCCCCAUGGCCCCGCAGGGAGGAGCCCCCCGGCUGGUGCUGCUGUUCAGCGGGAAGAGGAAAUCCGGGAAGGACUUCGUGACCGAGGCGCUGCAGAGCAGACUCGGAGCAGAUGUCUGCGCUGUCCUGCGGCUCUCCGGCCCUCUCAAGGAGCAGUUUGCCCAGGAGCACGGCCUGAACUUCCAGAGGCUCCUGGACGCCAGCGCCUACAAGGAGUCCUACCGGCGGGACAUGAUCCUCUGGGGCGAGGCGCGGCGCCAGGCGGACCCCGGCUUCUUCUGCAGGAAGGUGGUGGAGGGCGUGGCCCAGCCGGUCUGGCUGGUGAGUGACACGCGGCGGGUGUCCGACGUCCAGUGGUUCCGGGAGGCCUACGGGGCAGUGACGCAGACCGUCCGCGUGGUGGCCUCGGAGCAGGCCCGGCAGCAGCGGGGCUGGGCGUUCACGCCAGGAGUGGACGACGGGGAGUCCGAGUGUGGCCUGGACGCCUUUGGGGCCUUCGACUGGGUCAUCGAGAACGACGGAGAUGGGCAGCGCCUGGAGGAGCAGCUGGAGCCCCUGCUGGAAUUCGCCCGCUCCAGGCUUUAGCUGUUCUGGGCGCGCAGGAGCCCCGGCGGGAGGGGGAGGGGGCUGACCGGCCGGCGGGGUGGCUGAUGCUGGCCGAGCGGGGAGCACCCCGGGGAUCUGGGCCCAGCACGUGUCAGACCAGACAAGGAGCCUCCAGGAACUAUAACUUCUGGAAUACAUGGUUACUGACUUCAGAGAGGAACGGGGAAGGAGAGA